AUGUCCCGCUCACCUGAUAACCACCAUGACCAGGCCUCGACCAACUACAAGGAAGCCUUCUCGCUCUUCGACAAGCGCGGCACGGGCAAAGUCUCGCUCGAGUCGCUGGGCGACCUGCUGCGCGCCUGCGGCCAGAACCCCACCCUUGCCGAGAUCGCGGAUCUGGAGAAGAGCAUCGGCGGUGAUUUCGACUUCGAGUCCUUCCUGAAAGUCCUCAACCGCCCCGGUGGAUUCCGCGAACCCGGCGAACCUGAGGAGUAUUGCCGUGGGUUUCAGGUUUUUGAUAAGGAUAUGACUGGGUUUAUUGGCGUGGGGCAGUUGCGGUACAUUCUCACGAAUCUGGGCGAGAAGAUGUCGGAUGAGGAGGUGGAUGAGCUGCUGAAGGCGGUCGAUACCAGCUCGGGAGAGAUCAACUAUACCGAACUCGUCCGCACGAUCCUGGCCAACUGA